UAUGGAAGCUUCUUCACAGAAGACAGUUGGUGCCAAACAGAGGAACCGCACUGUUCCCCCCUUUUUUAAGAAUUCUAUCUAAAUCCUGGAUCAAAUUGACGAUCGAUUUCCCGGCAAAUGUCAGUGCCAGAUCAACGAUGAAGACCAAAAAAGACCGGCCUUCAUGUCCACUACGCCUUCAAAUGCAAACCGUCUUGGCCAUGUGUGUUUCAAACCCAAGUCUCAAUAGUCUCGUCAGCCAAGAAGGAAUCUUUCAUUUCCUGAGUGUUACUCAAGUUCCAAAUUGCGGAUACCGCGACGUGAAAGACAGAUAAAUGUACCACAACCAUCACAGCCUCUUCAACCAAAGAGAGCUCAAAACAAUCGUAAGAGAAGUAAUAACAGUAACAACAACAACAACAACAAGAAUGAUACCAAUAAAAUGAGGAUCAGCAGGUUCGAGAGCACCGAAAAUAUCCAAGGCUCCAGGAUUACACAGAGAUCUCCAGAACGCCACCAGAUCUGUGGAUUGAGAGAGGAAAAAUGUGGUUGACUCCACUCAGUUGUGAAGGGCCUUGGCCCCAGUUCGGUGGUGGUCUUUGUCACAGUUUCAACAGCAGAGCUAUGCACGUCCAAGUUCAACUCUAUCAGACGAAGAAGGGCCUCUCAAGUUUUGUUUACUCAUCGUCAAGUUCUGAAGAAAAAGCGACGCUUGGGUAGAAAUCCAACCUUCAACGAAACACUGAGAUGUACGCCUUGGGAGAUCCAUUUGGAAACCUUCAGCUCAAUGACAAGGACACUCGUAACGGCGGGGCGUCCUCCUCGAGUCGUUUGGUUAACCCCCGGAUGAGUCUCUUGGGCAAGCCCAUUAACUACAGGUCAAAUCGGAGAGAUGUCAAGUACCGCAAGCUCCAGGCCAAGCUCUACAACUUCCUUGAGCGGCCCACGGGAAGAACGGCCGCCACCUACCACGUCCUCGUCUUUGUGAUCGUCUUCUUGUGCUUGGGUCUGAGCGUGGUGUCCACUGUAGACGAAAAUGAGUUCCGUCAAGAGGCCGAGAGUGCUCUUUUCUACUUGGAGAUUAUCGUGGUGGUUUGGUUUGGCGUGGAGUUCUUAGUCAGGCUGUGGUCUUCAGGAUGUCGCUCUCGAUACCAAGGCUUCUUUGGUCGACUCCGGUUCAUCCGGAGUCCAUUCUGCAUUAUAGAUAUUAUUACCGUUUGUGCCUCCCUUGUGGUAUUAUCCAGUCCCGAUGGCCAGAUGUUCGCGGCCUCCGCACUUCGCGGCCUCCGUUUCUUCCAAAUCUUGCGGAUGGUUCGUAUGGAUCGCAGGGGAGGAACGUGGAAACUCUUGGGAUCCGUAGUUUAUGCUCAUCGACAGGAACUCAUAACUACCAUAUACAUUGGUAUGCUUGGGCUGGUCUUCUCCUCCUUCCUCAUUUACGUUGUUGAAAAAGACGUCAAUCCGAAAUUCAACAGCUUCGCCGAUUCUCUUUGGUGGGGAGUGAUUACACUUUGUACCGUGGGCUACGGAGAUGCUGUCCCUGAGACUUGGAAAGGGAAAAUGAUCGCCUCUUGUUGCGCUCUCUUGGGGAUCUCGUUCUUUGCUCUUCCAGCUGGGAUUCUCGGCUCCGGUUUUGCCCUGAAGGUCCAACAACAGCAGCGCCAGAAGCACAUGAUCCGAAGACGUGUCCCAGCCGCCACCCUGAUUCAAUGUCUUUGGCGGUGCUACGCAGCUGACGAGAACUCGUGCUCAGAGGCCACGUGGAAGAUCCACAUGGUGGCUCAACGUUCUCCACCGCCGGAUAAAGGAAAGAAUAGGAAACUUUCGUUUGACGAUUUUCGACGCAAGAGCAUUCAGAUAAGAGAUAGGAUAAUCCUCAGCAAUGCCAACGCAACUCAAACCAACCUUGGACAAUCCCAUGGCUCUUCAGGCUCGGCUGCAGAUCUGAUUGCUUCCAACGCCUCUUGCUCUGUAUCACCCUCGUCCUCCUUCAAGAACAAUACCAGUUUCGUGACCCGCUUCAACACGUUGCGACGAGGGCGUUCUACGAUUCACUCUCCGGCCAGCCACGCCUCCCGGGAUAAGCUCCAACCCACCAAUGCCUCGGCGGAUAACCUCAGUCAUAAUGGAGACGCCAGUGAGACUCCUGGAGAGUCCAAAUUUGGGCGGAACAAGAGUAGCGAUGCGUCCCGCCUUCCAUCUCGGACCAAUUCCUUGAUUCCGUCCUCGAGAGCGGCCUCGAGACGAGAGAGUCGCUCUCAUUCCCGAACGACCUCUCCGAUCAAUUUGACGGGGGGAAGCGGUGGCGGGGGGGCAGGGGGAGGGACUGAUGACGCCACCCUCCCCUUGGUGCUCUGCAGCCUACUUCAAAGGGAGUUCUCGGGUUCCAAAUCGCCGGGCAGACGUAAGAAUCGAAAAGGCGAACAGGAGGAGGAAGAUGAGGAGGAUGAAGAGGAACAACUUGCUCCCAUCACCCUGACCAGGCAACACAAAGGCGCCAUCAGAGCCAUUAGAAAGUUGAAGUACAUGGCAGCACGUCGACGAUUUAAAGAAGCACUUAAACCCUAUGAUGUCAAAGAUGUGAUAGAGUCCUACUCGGCUGGCCAUGCUGACCUAGUCAGUAAGGUCAGGGGACUCCAACAAAGGUUGGACCAAAUCCUAGGGCGCCAAGGUUCCAAGGCCAAAGACGUGUAUGACUCGAAACAAAGCUUGGCAUCCAGGAUUGUCAAAACAGAGAGACAGGUGGACGACAUCGAGGAGAAAUUGGAACGUCUUAUAACCAUGUACGAGGAGGAUCGUAAACGGAUCCAAAACCAGUCUUACUCUUCACCCCAAUGUCCUCCUUGCACCCCUAUGGCCACAUCUCCCUCACCUCCGUACAAUCCCUAUCAACCUCACCUGCCAAUCAAUCAACAGAUGUCUCUGAGCGGGUCAACUGUCUUGACGACAGUGCCCUCUUCCUCUCUCACUAAACCUCGUCCAAUUCUUGUGGACCCAACACUGGUAGGCGGAAGUGAUCCACCUUCACCCUCGGUUCCAGCCGUCACAAAUGCUUCCAGUUUCCACUACACUUCCUCUCUUAAGCAUCAUUUUCCGGCCAAGAAACCCAUGAUAAAGAAGCGGGUGACUCUGAGCUCUUGCACAAUCAACGCCAGCACUACCACCACCGCUGACGAGGCCAAUGCCUCCCGAUCCUUUCCCCCGACCUAUUCAGGUGUUGGUGGAUCCAGCCAUCCUACUGCUGGCAGUAGGACAGCUGAUGAGGGCCCAAGUUCAUCUAGUGGAGGCCCAGCAGCCUCGUCUACUACGAUCACAACUGAGCAUGAACUCUCUACUGAGAAACCCAACAGCUCCAUCCCCACUGAGUAUAUGCAAAGGCACCAACCAAUUGAGGAACACGACUCCCAAGCUUCAUCGUUAUCUUCAAUGAUACCUCCGAGUGUUCGAAUUGAAGGUUGUACUCCACCCUCCGAAUCCAGUGUGGAGGGAGAGCUAUUCAAUCUUCCCAGGGGUUCCAUUGACUCUACGUUAGAGUUUCGUUACUCUGAUCUUGAUGAGACGCUCAAGGAAGGAGACGAUGAUGGCGAGGACGACGAAUAUGACCAAGAGGACGAGUCUCUAAACCUCCUUUUGACGAGUGGUGCUCGAACUCAUGGCACCUCAGAAGUUGUUAUUCAACCCACUUCUCUACCCAGAGACAUCACUCCUUCCAUUCGAAGCAUCCCAACCGUUAUCGUUGAAGAAGGCGGAGAGAGUGAGAGUUCGGUUGGAAGCUCUCGAGUUUUGGUCCGGCGUUCGGAAAGCUCUCCUUGUCCACACUCUCAUCCAGACCUGCCCAGAGACAUUCCUUGAUAUCACCCAAGGUUCUGGGGGAGCUCAAGACCUUGGACAUGGGAAAGUUUCAUCCUUCAAUGGGUUGUUACUUGAAAUAUUUGCCUUUGGCCAACCAAGACACUUGUUGAUUGAUACCUGCCUACAUGAUAUUUGGGAGGACUCACACGUCGUCACUUUCAUCUCUCGAAAAAUAUUCUUUUGACAAGAACAAGGUUCUUCUACUCUGCUCAAAUUAGCCCAGCCCUCACUUGGCCCACUCUCCGCCCUUUCAGGUCUCAUUUUUUGCACUUGCAAAUAACUAUAAUUUCAAGUAGUUUGCUAGUGCAACGUAAUCCACAAUUUCCCCUCCUCUCAAGUGAUUUUGUCAUUGUCAGUGAGAUUAGGUAUGGUUGUGAUGAACCCUGUACCAAAAUUAGCCCAGAAUGAAAAACAGAUAAAAUGAUUGAUGAACACAUAUUUCUCGACAUGAAUGAAAGAAAGAAAAACAUAGAGGAUAUAAUAAAACUGUUAUGAUAGGAUCUAAAAGCCAAAACUCA